GUGCAGCGUUUAGCUGUAGAAACUCCGUGCGCGCGCACUGACUCGGUGUGUUGUGUAAUGAGCGCGGGACAACAGCACGAGAGUGUGUUUAACUUUCUGUAACUUUAUUCACACACAGACAGAGGGGAACCUCAUGCUCUGAACAGACUCGUGGGUGGGUGUGUGGGUGCGCGUGAGUGUGAGGGUGUGUGGGUGCGCGUGAGUGUGAGGGUGAGGGUGUGUGUGUGUGUAUGGGUGGCGUUUCUUCACUCGGGUGUCAGAGUCGCGGGGUUUUUUUUUAUUUUAUCUUAAUCAGACUGACCCCCGGAGUUUGCUUUAUUUGAUUUGUUAUUCCUCUAGCAGUAGUAAUGGCAGAGGCGGCGCAUCAGCUCCAGCCGCUGGACUCAGACCCGGAUUUCGAGCCUUUUUGCCGGCCGCGGUCGUGCACCUGGCCGCUGCCCAGACCCGAAUCCUCUCCGGCGGCUUCGGGAGCGGAAGCAGAAGCAGAGCCGCGGGACCUGGACUUCAUGGGCAGUUUGAGCUUGGCUUUGCUGGAGGAGACCGAGACUGAGACGGAGGACAAGAAAGCGCACGGCUUUCAGAGAGAUGAGGCGCAGCAGCAGCAGCAGCAACAUCCGGCACUGCCGGCCGCUCAGGUGCAACAGGUGCCGCAGCAUCAUCAGGUGCAGGUGCAGCCUCUUUCCUCCUCUUCAUCCUCUACCUCAUCCUCAUCCUCAACAUCCUCAUCCUCGUCGUCCGCGCAGAGGAAGAGCAGCUCGUGCCGGAGGAACGCGUGGGGCAACAUGUCGUACGCAGACCUGAUCACGCAGGCGAUCGAGAGCUCACCGGAGAGGCGCCUCACCCUAGCGCAGAUCUACGAGUGGAUGGUGAAGAGCGUCCCGUACUUCAAGGACAAGGGGGACAGCAACAGCUCAGCCGGCUGGAAGAACUCGAUUCGUCACAAUCUGUCUCUGCACAGCCGGUUCGUGCGCGUACAGAACGAGGGCACGGGGAAAAGCUCGUGGUGGAUGCUGAACCCUGAAGGAGGAAAGAGCGGUAAAUCGCCGCGCCGCAGAGCCGCCUCCAUGGACAACAACAGCAAGUUCACCAAGAGCCGCGGCCGAGCCGCUAAGAAGAAGCAGGUUGGCCUGGACGGCGGCUCGAACAGUCCCGGUUAUACCAAGUGGCUCGGAAGUCCUAACUCUCACAGUAACGAUGAUUUUGAAGCGUGGGGAAGUUUCCGAACACGGGCCAGCUCGGACGCGAGCACACUGAGCGGCCGGCGCUCACCUUUCCUCCCCGAGGAGGACGUCUGUGAGGGAGGAGAACUCCACCUCGGAUACCAGGCCACUAAAUUAGCCUCCAAACUGCCCAGUCUGUCCGAGGUGACCGGCUCUUUCGGCUCCAAGAACCUGAUGAUGGAGAACCUGUUAGAAAAUCUAAACCUGCUUUCGCCCAAGAACAGCACAGAGCCUACGAGCGCUCAGUACGCCCCCUACAGCGCAGGCCAGGACUUCCACAAGUGGCAGAGCGGCGGGAGCAUUAACGCUAUGACCAUCCAGACUCUGUCGGACAGCAAGGCAGUGGGUUAUAACCCCUACAUAGGACAGUUUAAUUGCCCUACUGGGCUUUUGAAGGAACUUCUGAGUAACGACGGGGAGCCCAGAGGAGAUGUUUUGCCCCCUAUGGAGGCAGCAGGGCCACAAGGAGGGAGAGUUUUACCUCCCUAUAGUGCUCAAGGGCACAUGGGGCAAGCAGGAAAAGCCAUGGGCUCACACACACACGCUCACACACACACCUCUACAGCAAUGGGCAUGAACAGGUGCGCCCUCCUGCCUCAGGGACAUCUCGGUCGUCAUGGCAACAUGAAGCCCUACCCUCACCUGGCGCACAUGGGAGGAGGAGGAGGAGGAGGAGGUGCUGUCGAUUCGGUGCCGCCCAAUUACUGCAUCGUCAACGGUAACGGUUUCCACAGACAUGCUCCGGUCCAGGCGCAUCCUCAUCAUCAUCAUCACCACCAUCACCAUCACAACCACCUGGAGCGGUUGCCUAGCGACCUGGACGACAUGGCGAUCGAGCGGCUGGAGUGUGACGUGGAGAGCGUGCUGCACGACACGCUGAUGGACGGAGACGCGCUCGACUUCAACUUCGAUCCGGCCGCCAGCCAGCAGCAGGGCUUCACACACACCGCUGUCAAGAGCCACACACACAGCUGGGUGUCGGGGUAAACACACACACACACACACACACACACACGCACACACACGCUUGGACGCACACACACGUUGUGAAAUGUUGAGAACCAGAAGAAAAGGAAAAGUUCAGCACAAUUCUUAUUUUAAAAAUGUAUUUUAGGAACAAAUCAUGGAUCUGUACACACACACACACACACACACAUACACACACAUUCAUACUGCCAAGCAACUUUUUUCGACAAUAAAACAAGUCAGAAAUAUUUUUUAAUUAACCCAAAAAUCUAAAAAAAAAAAAAAAAGCCCUCCUUCAUUCUUUUUCCUCCCUUAAUCGGUCUGUUUUCCCUGUUUUUUUCCACCAUUACAAAUAAUUAAAGGAGAGGAAAUCUGCUCUGAAAUUAGUAUAAAUAUAAUAAUAAUAAUAAUAAUAAUAAUAAUAAUAAUAAUAAUAAUAAUAAUGAUAAAACCUGCCAGACAUGUAUCUGCUGUUGUUAAUAGCCUAUGUGCCUCUAAAAAAUUUUUUUUUUAGUUAAAUGAAAUGAAACAGAGCAGAUUAUAAAGUAAUGUUCGGCUCGUGUUGAUGUUUUACAGUUUUAAGUGAGACUUUUGUACAGAGAUGUAUAUAACUUCAUUGUAAAUAUAACGUGUCGUUUAUACUCUGUAUGUAUGUGUGUGUGUAUGUGUGUGUAUAUAUAUGUAUGUAUAUAUAUAUAUAUACAUAUAUAUAUAUAUAUAUAUAUAUAUAUACAUAUAUAUAUAUAUAUAAUACACAUACAUAUAUACACAUACAUAUAUAAUGUGUGUGUGUGUGUGUGUUUGAGGGUCUUAAGAAACCUUUUGGCCCUGCUUUUAUGACCUGAUGUUCUUAAAAUUGUUUUUUUUUAAACACACUUUCGGUGUCCGUUUUUUUUAAUGCUUUUAUAUUGUAUGGUGUCUUUUCUUCAUUUCUAAAACCUUCCUUAAUAAACCAGCCGCAGGACACGGGGCAUUCAGCCUGGGGCUUUCCAUGACAGAUAAAAAUGAUAUUAUGUUUCAGUAAACAGUGAGUCUGAGUGGAAAGAACUCGUAAGUAAGAUGCGGAGUAGAAAUCAUAAAAUAAGGUUUGGGAUUUAAUUUAAGUUUCAUUUUAAAUUUAAUUAAACCGCGAUGUUUCGUUUUUUUGAGUUAGUUUUGUUUGUUGCAGACUCUCUGAAGCCCUAGAACUGAAAAAAAACAACAACAACUUAAAGUCGGUUUUAAACCCUCUUUCUUUCUCUCUUAAUCGUCGUUCUCAUUUCAAGGCUCGUCUCAUGAAUAAAUGGCGUGUGAGCUCUUUCUGCUGGUCCACGCGUUCACGUACACACAAGUCGUUUAAAAAACCGUCCGUAAUAAACGAUCUUCUGCUAAUUAACUGCGUUCAGCGUAAGUUCUAACAACAACGUUAAACAAAAGAAACUUAUCUUAAAGAUUUCAGUUUGCAUAUUUGGGUGGGCGGGACUUUUAUUUAUUUUUUCAAUUGGAACCUGAUUGGUGUGUGAAAAGUGGGCAUGUCCCGAAAACAAACAUAAUGGCUGCUCUAGAUGCGAGGCUCUCUCUGCACUUACUCCACUGAUGUGUUUUUUGGUUCCACCCCCCCCCCCCCCCCCCCCCCCCCCCCUUCCACCAGGUAACUAGAGACGUCAUUCUCACGAGGACUGACACGCAAUUGUAUUUUUAAAAGAAUUUAUUUUAAAAAAUAGUCAGUCUGUUUUGGUUACGUGUUUGGGGGGGGGGGGGGGGGUGAGACAUGACGUAAAAUGAUUGGUUGAUAUAUUUUUGUCCCUCCCACAAUUCUACGGUGAUGUAAUAGAUUUAAAUAAAAAUCGGAGGACGUUUAGAAGUGGUGAAAUGUCUCUGGAAGAUUACGGAUUUUAAAAAAAAAGUGAUUAUUACAGAUCGUGAACAACAAAGAACCGGUUUCAUUUUGAUUUCAGGUCGUUUUAUACGAAGUUUAAUUCAAUUUUAAAUACAUUUUAAUUCUCUUAAGUUGAACCGGUGCAGCUGGACAGUCAUUCUCACAACAGCUUCAGUCCCUGUAAUGCAAAUAUUUAAAUAAACACACACACACACACACACACACACACACACACACUUUUCUUUCUUUAUCGUGCCUCUGAAGUCGAUUUUUUUUUUUAUAAGCAGAAAGAACAAUGGGGGGAACGGUUUUGUGAUGUAAUAUCAUUUAUAAACAGUAUAUUUUCACACUUUGUAUUAUAAAACACUGGGAGAUCUUCUUUUUUUUUUUUCUUCAAUCUAUUUAUUUCUGACCAAAAAACCUUUGGUGGCACUGAGAUUGAUUACUGCUGUUUAUUUCUCAUAAAUAUGUAGAUAAUUAUUUGAAAUAUUAUUGUGUUUAUGUGGAUUUGCAGUAGGUGUCGUGUAGUUGUAUUAUGUUCCUGAUUUGUUUUGUUUUUAAAGUCGUUUGAAUCGUACGUUUUAUCAUUUGUGUAUAAUGUCUUAACUUCACUGGUGAAUCGGAUGUUAAUUAAGCGGCCGGAGUUCUGGUCUUUACUACCUGGAUUUUUUUUUUUUAUUAUUAUUAUUAACAAAAAUCCGAAUUUGUGUAAAAGAUCAAAGUGCCUGUAGGACGCAAAUCCUAGCUGUAAUUAACUGUAAUGAGACGUUUUACUGACACGAGUUGUUCUGUAAAGUUCUGACGUACAUAAAUGAUCUCAUGAAAAUAAAAGAAGUCCCUGCGUUUA